AUGUUCCGAAUCCUCGAGUCGCAGGCGCCGGCCAAACAAACGGCCACAGACACAAUUAACACUCUGACUGGUCGACUUCAGAGUGCAACUUUACUAGAAGAUCGACGGGCAGCUAUACAAGGAUUGAGAAGCUUUGCAAAGUCCUUUCCUGCCUCUGUUGCAUCGGGCGCACUACGCCCGUUGAUCAACAGCCUCAAAGAUGACCGUGAAGAUGUGGAUACGUUGAAGGUGGUCUUGGAGACCCUGUUGAUGUUGUUUACUCCCGACGAGAAUAGUCCCGAAGCUUCAGAUGAAAUCGCCCUCUGGCUGUCCGAUGAGUUUACGCAGGGUACACAGCGUCAAGACAACAUUACUGCGCUCCUUGACCUCCUGGAUACCCGUGACUUUUAUUCUCGCUUGUAUUCCCUGCAGUUGAUGUUCCAGAUCUCGAGCGCGCGGCCAGAAAGAACACAAGAAUGUAUUCUGACAGCACCGUUGGGUAUACCGAGGCUUGUCAGUGCACUUGGAGAUGCCAGAGAGCCGGUGCGCAAUGAAGCCUUAAUCCUCCUGAUCGCUCUCACCCCCGCCUCCGAAGAGUUCCAAAAGCUUGUUGCGUUCGAAAACGCGUUUGACCUUAUCUUCUCCUUGAUAGAGACUGAAGGUGCUUUGACGCACGGGUCGGAAGUGGUUGAAGACUGCCUUUCUCUGCUCGCGAACCUUCUAAGGCUCAACAUCUCCAACCAGUCAUAUUUCCGGGAAACGGGAUGUGUCAAGAGGCUAGCAAAGCUCCUCGCAGAUGUCAACCAGGAACAGGACUUGGAAGAGCCUACCCCACAGUGGGCUCUCGCACAUCGGGAUAAGAACCUUUGGGGACUUUUGGUAAUCGUCCAGCUAUUUCUAAUCAAAGGAGGAGUCAACACUCCUGCCAACCAGACAGCAUUCUGGAACAAUGGUGUCAUGGAACAAGUCUUGAACACUGCUUUCGGCCAAAGGUUCAAUGUCAAUGUAACAUCCAAGGCUCUCGCGACGUGUGCCGACUUAAUACGUAGCAACAAGCCAUUGCAGGAGCGUUUUGGAGAUGUCGAGGUCAUUUGGGGCCCGAGUCCUACCCAGACUGUUGUCAAUGGGGAUUCGACGCAUAAAGAACUCCAGCGGAUCAAUGUUAUCGAAGCGCUGCUGAAGUUGACUCUUGAGCCUGCUCCAUUGUCGCUCCUUGAUGCGCGACUUGCCGCUUGCGAAUGUAUCAAGGCAUUCUUCGCAAACCACACCGGGAUCCGCGUCCAUGUGCUAGGAAGAGCGAUUCAAGGCCAUAUUAGCGGAGAAGACCAAAUCCCAAAUAUCCUGACUGUCCUUUUGAUGCCGCCAGAAACUCGAGGAAAUGCCGACCCCUACCAAACUUGGAUGGCAUCUGUCUUGAUGUACCAACUGCUGUUCGAGAAUGCCGAAGCCAAAUCGAUCGCUAUGGGUGUGACUGAGGGGGAUGCUGAACAGGGCGAAGAAGUCGUUACCUGCAUCCAGACGAUAGUAGGUAACUUGAUCACCGGUAUUCAGAGAGGCGAUGAUGAAAGAAUCACUCUUGGCUAUCUGAUGCUGCUCUGCGGUUGGCUCUUCGAAGAACCGGAUGCUGUGAAUGACUUCCUCGGCGAGGGAAGCAGCAUACAGACCUUACUGCAAGAAAUCAAGCACCGCGGGGCCACUUACGUACUUGUCCCAGGUCUAAGCACUAUUCUACUGGGAAUUAUAUAUGAAUUCUCCUCUAAGGACUCGCCUAUACCGCGGAAGACUUUGCAUAAAUUGUUGAUCGAACAGCUUGGACGAGAACAAUACAUUGAUCGGAUCACCCGAUUCAGGGAAGACCCUCUGGUGCGCGAUUUUGAGGUUCUACCACAGACCGUGGGGGCACAUUACGAUGGUGGCCUUCCUGAAAUCUACUUCGACAGGACCUUUGUUGAAUUCCUCAAAGACAAUUUCAGCCGCUUGAUACGUGCCAUUGACCGUGAACCCGAGAUUGAGAUCUCCGUGAUCACAAACGGCGUUGAAAGAGGAGUCUCUCGCGAACUUGUGGACUCCCUACGGGCAGAACUAGAAGAAAAGGGCGCUGUGUCACAGAAGCUGGAGUCGGAUCUGCUUGCCCUACAAUCCAAGCUCGAUCACGAGCAGGCUGAGCACCGAAAGACGAGAGAUGCCACCACAUUGGAGUCUUCUAAACUGCAGCAAAUCUGCGAGUCAUUGAAGCGGAGUCACGAACAAGAACUGAAUGUCUUGAAGGAGCAGCAGAAGCACGCUCAAAAUGUGCUCCUGAAACAGCAUGGCGAACAAUUACGAGCCAUUGAUCGACAGCUGAAGGAAACAUCUGCGGAUCAUGAGAGGAGAAGUCUACAAGUGAAGAAGCAUCAUGAAGCCGAGGUGGCUGACCUGCAGAAGAAGAUCCGUUCGCUCGAAUCUGACCUCAAGCGCGGCAAGGAGCAAUCCUCCGCUGAGAUUGCUGACUUGAAGACGACUAUACAGUUGUUGAAGUCGGAGGCUGAAAAGACCAAGGGACAGCAUGUGGCCGAGGUUCUGGACUUGAACAGCACGCUUCAGAACCUUCAGUCGGCGCUUGAUGCUGAUAAGGGACAACAUGCGGCCGAACUUUCAGACCUGAAUGCUACAAUCCAGAGGUUGCAGUCAGAGCUUGAGACAGGUAAAGGACAGCAUGCUACCGAAGUCUCUGGCCUGAACAAGACGAUUGAGGAGCUCAAGUCGCAGAUGGAUUCCAUUCAAGGGAAACAUGAGUCUGAGGUCUCCGACCUCAACAAGACAAUCCAGAAGCUGCAGUCGGAGCUUGAUGCCAGCAGUGGACAGAGCGCGGCGGAGGUUUCUGACCUGAAGAAGACAAUCGAAACUCUGCAGUCGGAGCUUGAUUCCAGCAAUGAACAAAAUGCGACUGAAGUGUCUGACUUGAAGAAGACGAUCGAGAGCCUUCAGUCCGAGCUGGAGAAUGGUAAAGGAGAUCAGGCAGCUGAAGUCUCCAGUCUCCAAGAAACCAUCAAGACAUUUCAGUCUGACAUGGACGCCGCCAGAAAGCAGCAUGAGACCGAGGUUGCGGAGCUUAAGUCCGCGUCAAAGGCCUUGCAAUCGGAACUGGACACUACUAAGGAGAAGUCUACGAAAGAACUACAGUCUACACGCGAUGAACUGUCCAAUAAGUGCACUGCCUCGGAAAAGCGAGCCGAGAAGGCCGAAGGUGAGGUAGCAAAGGCUGAGGAAGCUGCACGGAAGGCUAGCCAAGCACUUGAGGAGGCACGGAAACAGCUCGAGAAGGCCGAAGCGGAGGCCAAGGAGAAGGAGGAAGCCCGCAAGGCGGCACAGUCCGAGCUUGAGGAUUUGUUGAUUGUUUUCGGAGACCUGGAGGCCAAGAGAAACCAGGACAAGCAACGGUUGAAGGAUCUCGGUCAAGAAGUAUCCGAGGCUGAAGAUGAUGAUGAGGAAGAAGACGAUGAGGACGAGGAAGAGGAAGAAGCCUAA